GCAGUCCGUGAAAGAUUUGAUAUCAAAAUUGUAGAUACUCCAGAUCCAUCGAAAAGAAAUAUAACAAGAACGAAUAUUACAGUCACACAUGUUAAACGUACUAUAAAAUACCAAAAUGCAAAUGGUUCAUACAAAGUCAAUGAUGAUCUCGCUAAAUCUCUAUCUUUCGACAAUGCCGAGCAACUUCGCACGGCUCUCAAUGCCUUUAUUCGCAAAAACGCAAAAUCCGCAGCAAUCACAAAAUUGGAUCAUCAAGUUUUGGUUACUAUCCUUGUACUUUAUUUCUAUCGUUAUGUUGCAAUCGAUCAUAAGAAAGAAUGGGUUCCGACAUAUGAGAAGUCAUAUAAAUGGUUAUGGGGUCAGUUUAAAGGUAAGGAAAAAGUUGAACAGGAGGCGUUUCAAAUAAUCAAAUCAUUUGUUAGAGACGCAUAUGAAGUUAAAGAAGGAGUUUACGAGUUGGACGCUACUUUUGAAGCGGAAAUGGAACCAACAAUCUCAAACAUCAAGUUCCCUAAUACAAGUAUUCGUGGAAUUG